UUCAUGAAAAGCGUGACGUGAGCAGGUCCUCAGCGACACCGAGGCGAUUCACGCCGCCCACCCACUCACAGCCCAGGUGCUGCAGGAGUCACAGGGAUGCCUGUCUGCUUCCCCUCUCUGUCCCUUUCUUGCCGCUUCUUCCUCGUGUCUUCAUAGUUUUCAGCCAUCCUCUCCGGGGCUUUCUAUAACAGCCCUCCAUCCCUGCCUCAGAGCGGAGACAGGACCAUGAAUCUGAGCCACGUCGGCUGUGAUUUUCAGCAUCCAGAGCUACCAGUGCGUUACGACGCAUCUCUCCCCCUGUAACUGGGCAGCCCAUUCACAUGCACGACACCAUGGGCAGCUCCCCAGAGGUGCUUUCUUGGACUUCCUGCCCCAGUCUGUUGGUGGGGAAGCUGAAGGAGGAACUUAAACUCACUGUGGUCGGGGACGCCAUGAAGAAAUCCAACUCUCCCAACGCCCAGCCCCAGCCUCCUCAGGCCCUGCCUGCUCCUUUACCUCCUCAGAUCAUCACGGACCUCGCCCCGCCGAUGAACCUACCCGUUCCCCUGCAGCCGCCUGGCCAGGAUGAGGACUCUGUGUUGGGGGGCAUCAGCCCCGGAAACACGGCCCUGAGCGUGGACUCGACAAGGAGCGAAGGCGGCCACUUCGACAACAGUGUGCUCCAGCUGCAGGAGCAGGAGCAGGAGGAAGCGGGCUCACCGGCUUCCUGUGACCACGGUGGGUGUGGGAGCGGCAUGGACGAGCAGCUGGUGGAGGGGGAAUGUCCCGUGGACCACAGCGGAGAGGGGAGGCCAAGCCACCCUCGGCACCCUGACGACAUCAAGCUGCACUUCCAAAGAGCCGGGCCCGGGUCGGGAGGCUUCCUGGAGGGGCUGUUCGGCUGCCUGCGGCCUGUCUGGAACAUCAUUGGGAAAACGUACUCCACCGAAUACAAGCUGCAGCAGCAAGACAUGUGGGAGGUCCCGUUUGAGGAGAUUUCGGAGCUGCAGUGGCUGGGAAGUGGCGCGCAGGGAGCCGUCUUCCUGGGCAAGUUUCGCUCCGAGGAGGUGGCCAUCAAGAAGGUGCGGGAGCAGAAAGAGACGGACAUUAAGCACCUGCGAAAGCUUAAGCACCCCAACAUCAUCAGCUUCAAAGGGGUGUGCACUCAGGCGCCCUGUUACUGCAUCAUCAUGGAGUACUGCGCCCAGGGUCAGCUGUAUGAGGUGCUGAGGGCCGGGAGGAAGGUGACCCCCAGGCUGCUGGUGGACUGGGCUACAGGCAUCGCCGGUGGCAUGAACUACCUACACCUGCACAAGAUCAUCCACAGAGACCUCAAGUCUCCCAAUGUUUUGGUCACCCACAACGACACUGUGAAAAUCUCUGACUUUGGAACGUCCAAAGAGCUCAGCGACAAAAGUACAAAGAUGUCUUUUGCGGGCACGGUGGCGUGGAUGGCCCCCGAAGUCAUAAGAAACGAGCCUGUUUCUGAAAAAGUAGACAUCUGGUCAUUUGGAGUCGUAUUAUGGGAACUGCUCACAGGGGAAAUUCCCUACAAAGAUGUGGACUCGUCCGCCAUCAUUUGGGGCGUUGGCAGCAACAGCCUGCACCUCCCUGUCCCUUCCACCUGCCCGGACGGAUUCAAAAUCCUCAUGAAGCAAACAUGGCAAGGCAAGCCCAGGAACAGGCCUUCAUUUCGGCAGAUCCUCCUUCAUCUCGACAUUGCCUCUUCCGACGUUUUAGGCACUCCUCAGGAGACCUACUUCAAAUCUCAGGCAGAGUGGAGGGAGGAGGUGAAGAAGCAUUUUGAGAAGAUCAAGAGCGAAGGCACGUGCAUCCACAGGCUGGACGAGGAGCUGAUCCGUCGCAGGAGGGAUGAACUCAGGCAUGCUCUGGACAUCCGGGAGCACUAUGAGAGAAAGCUGGAGAGAGCCAACAACCUCUACAUGGAGCUCAGCGCCAUCAUGCUGCAGCUGGAGGUCCGAGAGAAGGAACUUAUGAAGAGAGAACAGGCCGUGGAGAAGAAAUACCCGGGCAGCUACAAACGUCACCUGGUCCGGCCCAUCGUCAGGUCCAACGCUGUCGAGAAGCUCAUCAAGAAAAAGGGAAGCAUCUCUCACAAACCUGGAAUGCCGCCCACUAAAAGGCCGGACCUGCUGCGCUCCGACGGCAUUCCCAGCGUUGACCCUCUGCCCUCACCCUCGCCCCUGUCGGCCAGCCCCAAAGUCUCCACGCCCCCCGGUAAAACCCGCUACAGGAGCAAGCCUCGCCACCGCCGCGCCAACAGCAAGGGAAGCCACAGCGACUUCCCCGGCGCCUUGAAGCCUGUCGCCGGAGCCUCAGAGGACACCCAGUCUCUGCAGGAGCAUCCGUUCCACCAUCAGCACCUCCAUCACCACCACCACCACCACCACCCUCCCGCCGAGGGCCAGUUCCUUCCUCUGAAAGGCCGCGAGGAGGCCGUCGUCAACUGUGCCAACAAUCUGCGCUACUUUGGCCCCGCCGCCGCCCUCCGCAGCCCCCAGACCGACCACCUGCAGCGCCGCGUCUCUGACUCCAGCCCUGACCUCAUCUCCACUGCUGUGGACGCAGACACGCGGCAGCGGACCUCGUCCGCCCGCUCCAACCCCAUGCCAGGUGCCGGGGCGGGUUUAUUGUGUCCCUGCUGCCAGGCUCACCCUCUGCCCGGCUGCUUGCACUGUCAGGAGACCCCUCCCACCCUAAGCCAACCAGAAUUACCGCACUACUCAAUGCUCUGCACCCAAGAAAGCAACCAGCCUUCUCUGGGGCCGCCGAGUAAAGAGGCGGCCACACAUGGAGAGGACGCUGGCAACGCCGCUCUGCAGAAGCAGGACCUGACCCAGUCCAAACACCCGCUGCCCUCCGCACUGCCCCGCACCCUCAGACCACUCAGAAAGGGAGGUGAUGAGUCAUCUGAAGAGGAGGAGGGAGAGGUGGACAGUGAAGUGGACUGCCCACGGCGGCCAAGACCCCACCGCGGCAUGGGCAGCUUCCAGUCCUACUCCACCCUCAGCUCGGAGAACCUGUCGGUGUCUGACGGCGAGGAGGGGAACACGAGCGACCACUCGCACAGCGGACCCCUGGAGAAGCUGAGCGCCAGCCAGGAGGAGCACCUGGACGAGCUGCUGUCGCACACGCCGGACAUCCCCAUCGACAUCUCCACCCAGUCCGACGGCCUCUCCGACAAGGAGUGCGCCGUGCGCCGGGUGAAGACACAGAUCUCGCUGGGGAAGCUGUGCUCGGACGAACACAGCUAUGAGAAUCCGCUGCAGUUCGGGGACUCGGACUGUGAUACGUCGGAGGCAGAGUGCUCCGACACCACCAUCAGAAACAACAAAGUCGGCGCUCCAUCCUCGUGGUGAAACUCUCCGCAGGGGUUCGGGAUCCGUUUAGUUUUCGUUUAAUUUAUUUGUUUCGCCUGGUGGCCACCGUGUCCGGAUUAGAGGGCUCCACAGAAAACAGCAAUAAGAGGACAACAUGGUGAACAAAACUCUCCCUAUAGCAAAGUCCCCAGCCUCAUCCAAUGCGUCAUCCGCCCCCAACGCCUCCCCUCAUCUAGCACUGCAUCCAGGCAAACCCAUGGCAGGGAUUCCCUUUUGACUGAUAAUGUACAGCUCUUAAUUUAUUUUUGUCUUGCGUUUUGAAGAGGAAAUCAGGAUUCUGCGAUGCGAACAGAGGAAAUAAAAAAAACUGCCGCUUUGAAACGGAGCGCGUGUGUCUUAGUGAGAAACUGUGACUAGACGGAGGAGCAGAGGACAGGAGCGCGGAUGCGUCUGAGCGUCGCUACAGGCCUUCAUCUCUCUGCAGUUGCUCUGAGCAUCUCCGUGUCGGUGAUCCCUUAAAAAAAAUAAAAAAUAAAGUAAAACAAGCAAUCUCUCCGUUGUGAGUUUACAGCGCAGCGACCCGGUAAUCACGCAUCCUUUCACUCUCCUCUGGUCGCGACUGUGGCCGACACGGCAAACAAUGAGCUCAUGGAAACAGUGUCAACACCAGCAUGAACAAACCGCCUUGCAAACUGCAAGUGGAACCCCCCCCCCCCCUCUCUCUCUCUCUAGAAACAACCUCGAUACAUGUCUCAUCAUCAGGAUCCCCGAAACGCUAUCAGCGCAUGCUCGCAAGAUGCAAAAAGUCUUACAAGGACUGCAUGAAGCAGAUGAUCAGGAAGCAAGAGGGUACGACUCCCGCGAGAGCUAAAAGCAACCAAAACGAGGGACGCUCUCGUCCUCUUCUCUGAGACACGUCGUCAGCAAUCAGGCGCCACGACGGGAGCUUUUGCAGGAAGGCGUGCGUUUGGUUCGCGUCCGCCUCCACAUCCUCAACCAUCAGACAUUGCAGUUUCAAGUCUCAUCUCAGGAUCGCUCGAGGACUGUGAAACUGGAUCGGACCAAACUAUCUUGUGAAAGAAUGUUCUUCGACCGGCUCAUGGUAAUAAAAAAGGACCGUGCGGGCGUUUUUAAAAAAAAGCAAAAGGAGCUCUUUACAGAAAAGCCUUCAUGUUCAACCCUUUAGUGCUGUAGCUGUUUGUUUUUAUCUGCAAUUAAAUGCAGUAUCUCUUUUUUUUUCUUUUUUUUUUUCUUUUUUUUUCCUGAAACGUAGCAGAGCAUCACGUGCACCAUUUUAUUGCAGGGUAAUUUAUUUAGUCUCAUCCAUACAGGUGUGUCUCUAUAAAUAAGAAUAUAA